GGCUUGACGUGCCGCUUGCCUGGUGCUGAUGGCGGCGGGGCUGGCGGAGGGUCUCACCGAGGAGGGAGAGCGAGGAGGCGGAGAGGGGAACCGGAGAGAAGACAGAGAGCGGAGGCCGCGGCGGAACCGAGCACCGACCCACAGGCGCUCAUUUACACCGGGAGGAGCGGCGCACAGGCCCGCGGAGUGACGGCGGAGGAGGAAGGAGGCGGUCGUCAUCGUGUCCCGCUCCACCAGCCACUCCGGCACUUCUCGCACACUCACACGCUCUCGUCGGCACUGAUGCCGUUUGUUUGCGAGUUCUGCCUCCAGUGAAACUGACGCAGUUCAUUUCAUCAUUUUGGUGCUAGCUAACUAACGCGAGUAAUGAGCUGGACAGUUUAAAUGCUAGGCUAACAGCUGCAUCAGCAGACUAAAGAUGUGGAUUAGCUUCACAAAGCUACUCUAAGGUUAGCAGCUAAACGCUAAUCCAACCCUCCCGAUCUCACCCAGAAGUGAAAUUCAGCAAUAAAACUAAUAACGUAAAAAUGUAGUUCGACUCUGACCGGGGAUCAAUUAACUUAGUCGCUAACAGCUAGUUAGCAGCUUGUGGUGGUAGCAGGUAGCGGUGGCGCAGGGCUAAGUCCGGGCAGAGCAGGGGCGCAAUGGAGUACCACUCCGGUGGCAGCCUGCCCCUGCUGGGGAGACCGCGGUACUGCCCUGGGGCCAAUACUAACGGAGGAUACCUGUGCGAGACGGGACACUGCUGUGGAGAGACUGGCUGCUGCACCUACUACUACGAACUCUGGUGGUUCUGGCUGCUUUGGACCGUCCUGAUCCUGUUCAGCUGCUGCUGUGCCUACAGACACCGUCGAGCAAAACUGAGAGACCAGCAGCAGCAGAGGCAGAGAGAGAUCAGCAUGCUGGCCUACAAUGGCGCAAGCUCCUACCCUUCCUCCAUGCUGGACCUCAGUUUCCUGGCAUCUCUGAAGCUGCCGUCCUAUGAGGAGGUUGCGGCUCAGCCGUCCACCCCCCCUCCCCCCUACAGCUCCGUUUUCACCGCCCCACGUUACCCACAGCCGCCUCGCACCGUGGACCCCCACCUGCUCACUCAGCACGGCCCUCUGCUGCACUGCCCGCACAGUGAUGGCCCCUCCUCCCUCAGCUCUGAUAACAGCUCCAGUUGUUCCUGUGACUCCUGCUGCCCCUCCUCUCCGUGUAGCUCCUCCCUAUCCGCACCCGUCACAUAUGAGACAGACACAAGCCACGCCUCCACUCCCAGUGAGGCUGCGCCCCUCACUCUUGAUGUCACCAUGGAAACUAUCACUGCUGCAGCCACACGCUUAGAAGUAAGUGAGGAGCGUUGUGCGUCUGAGAGGAUGGUUGCCUCAGUGGUCGUUGACAUAAAUGACGUCGAAGCUGCCAGAGCUCAGGAACCUCUUGCCACGGACCCAUCGGUUCCCAACCAGACUGUUACGGUGGCUGUUGUUACCAGGGCAGCCUCACCACAGCCUUCACCUUCUCCCGGUUCAGAGGUUGCCCUUCCACUUGGAACCACACCUUCUGUAAAGCGACACCUUGAUCUGACACCCUGUAUCACCACAACCAGCACCUGUAGCUCAAACACACUCCCUAGUCCAAGAGCUGUUGAAGCAGCACUCCCCUCUAUCCAAAUCAUAACCACUGAAGGUCCAGCUAAUGGCCUUGAAACUACAGCGUCCCUGAAAACCACUUCAACGUCAAGCCCUUCUACUCCAACAGAAAGCACCUCUGACAGACUGGGAAUCAACUUAACUCUGGAGACCCUUAAUCCAACAGGAUCUUUUAAUGCAGCCAAUGUUCCUUGUAGCCCAGCCUUAGUACCGUCCCCAGAUGUUGAAAGAACUUUGGCUCUGAUUACAGACUUUGCCGUUCCCCUUAUCCUGGAUCCAAAUCCUGCCCUUGUUCCAAUCCCAGCACCUUCAACCCCUCCCCAAGCCUUAACCCCUGUACCUUCCAACCUUUCCCAAGCUACAAUUGCGAUACCUUCAAACUCUCCUCAAGCUCUGACCCCUACAAACUUUUUCCAAACACCCUCAAACCUGACUGAAACUCCAGAACCAGUGCCUACAAAUCAAGCUGGAGAUGCAGUUCCUAUUAACCUUCCCCCGUCCCCAGCAGCAGUUUCCUUAAACCUUACACCCCUCCCAGGCGUGUUAAUGCCAAACCAUACCCAAUUUUCAGGACCUGUACUUUCAAAUAUUUCCCUUGAGUCAGACUCACAAAGUAAGACCACCCUUGUUCCAGAUUCUGCAUUUAAGCCUGUUCCAACUCAUGUACAUUCAAACCUCAGCCUAGCCACAGAUGCAGCAGCCAUGUCCUCCACAUUAGCUUUUUGUAAAAACCCAGAAUUGCCCCCUGGGUCUGGUCUCAUCUCGGUAUCUCUGCGCCUGCCCCAACAACCAGGGACUGUAGCUGUUCUUGCGUCAAGUCUAGAUCCAGAUGCAGUACCGGCUGAGUUAGUCCUGUCUCAGCUGCCAGCAUCUGGUAUUGUUGGUCCACUACCAUUAAAUACCCAAGGUGGGUUUAGCUCUGGUGCUGGUUCUAGAUCAGGUUCACCAACAGCUCCUACCCCAGUGCUCACCUUCCUAACAUCUGCAUCCCCCUCUUCCUGCCCAGCCAUAAAUAUAGAGCCUGAAUGUUUGUUUGGUCCUCCCCAGUCACCUCCCUCCUCACCCUCUUCCCUUCCCUCUCCUCCAUUUCCCACCUCCCCUCCUGCCCUCACCUCUACCUUACUCCUGGACCCCCUCACUGCUCUGCACCAAUCUGAAAAAGGUGGAUCCUCAUCUGGCCAUGCGUCCUCACUCUCCCCAUCACCUCGUGCCACUCAGUCCCCUCCAAAGCAGACUCUCUUCUCCCCAUGUGUGGACAUCUUUGAACCAGGUCCUCCUGAAUGGGAGGACGGGGAGGAGGAGCAGGAGGACAAUGACGAUGAUGAAGAAGACGACAUGGGAGCCGAUGAGAGCCAGUACAGACAUCGACGACUAACAGGUGACUCUGGAAUCGAAGUUUGCCGAUGUCGGGUAGAGAAGGAAGAUGAUGAUGAGGAGGAGGAGGAGGAGGAGGAGAAAAGGAAGGAGGAGGGCAGGAGAGGAGGAGGGGAGAAGGAUAAGAAAGGAGGUGUAAGCACUGAUCUUCAUGAUAGCGUGGACUGUCCCGCGAGAGGUCAAAGAACCGCAGGGGAAGAACUGACACUGUGUACCCCCACCUCCACCACCACUCCGACAUCGGAGGACUGUGGCGAAGUCGUCAUUGUCAUGGAGACGGUGUGAUUGACAGACAUGGGCGGAGCUAACCAGUUGGCACCCAAACAAGGGAUGAAGAGAAACUUGUUUUGUAACAGAGACUUUGAUGAGGUUUAGUCAAUGUUCGUCAGAACAGCACAGGUAUCGGAUCCGUCAUUGGAAGAAAUCUGAUCUGAACACUGAAAUUUUACUUGGCUGUGGUUCCAGGGUCCAGCACGGUGAGAUUUGAAGAGGGGGAGGGGUGUUUACUAACCCUCUGGGCUUUAUAAAGGUUUACGACCCACUGAGCUGUGGUCAUCAAUUUUUGAAAUGUCAAGAAAGGGAAAGGAACCCUGCUCUAAUGCAGAUCCCAACAGAGUAAAACUCUGGAGAGCCGAGUCUGCGAAGAGAGAGUGGGCUGAAACUGUUUGUCGUGAUGCAUCCGUGAAUCCAUUUAGUAACCGAUUGGGUUUAUAAUUCAAACUUUUCAAAGGUUCCCUGUGGAGUUUCUUUCAGUCUUUUUCUCGUAAGCACACAGAACAAUGAAAGAAGCCAUUUAAGUUGAGGAUCUAGAUUUAGAACUGGAAAAGUUCCUUCCAGUCGUUUCCCCAGUCUGGGCCCAGUAAUCCUCUGCAUGUUCCACUGACGUCAUAAACAUCGCAAUCAUACACAUCUCUGCCUUCUGCAGCGUAAACACGGCACGCCUCGUUUGCUCUAGCGUCUUCUGUUUUACGUCUGUCCGUCGCUAGCGAGAAAAGAGCAACUCAAAAUAGUUGCAGGUUUUGCAGAAGCGUCCUCGUUCGAUGACGGAGGUUUUGGAAACGUCUCGGGGACAAACUGGCCGUUUUGGACAUAAAGAGACAGAUGUAGGAGGAUGAAUCACCGAGACUGACGGAGGGAAGCGUGAUUCAUUCAGCUUUAGAGACGAGUUGACGAAGAUGUCUGUCAGGAAACUGGAGAGACAGCUUCUCAACUCGAUCCUGCAUGGAAGUUGUUCACAGUAGAGGGGGGUGGGUCGGUUUCCUGUGCGUUGGCACCGUCUUUUGUAUCAAUAGGGAGCAAACAAUGGUUGCUGUUAGUGAGAAACAAAGCACCAACAGAGACGUGUCAUCAUCGCUCCCGUCUUUGUCUCUUUCUCUGGUUAAGAUGUCACAUGCGAGAAAGACGUCAUCGCCGGAACACACAACGACACUUUCAGUCCUCGUCUCAACUCUCGAUUCACAGACGGCUCUCCAGAACCCUCCAUCUUCUAAAGUACAAAAAAAAAAAUCGACUCAAAAACCCAACCAGUGAAGCUCUGUCAGGGUCAAACGCCCGAUCCAGUUUAUUUUCCCGUCCAUUGUUGUAACAUAUUAAUGUUUGGUACACCGUCGGAUUGAUAGGCGUGUCAAUAAUGUUGAUAUUUUGUGCCAGAAAGACUUAAAGGUAGAGUAUAUUUUGUCAAUGACAGAGUGUUAGUUACAUUUGUAUUGUACAUGAUGGUGUAUUUAUAACCAACUGAGAGUGUGAAUUAGUGAUGAGCAAUAUUUUUCAUCAGCAAGAGUCUGUAGCCGUUUUCAGACACGGAUUCCGCAUUUAUUUUGUGCAUUGUCCGGAGUUUGUCGUUUACUCACAACAGGAGGAUGUCCGAAGCACGUGGGGGGAGGAGGGGAGGGGGGGGCAUUAUCUGGAGUACUGACCGGUGGAGUUUGCAGGAGAAUUCCCAGAGAAUGUCUGGAGCGACUUUUUCCCCGACAGUCUCCCGAGAAUCUCCGGACUUCACUGCAUGUCUGAGAGCAGCCUGUGUGUAAAUAAGCCGGUAAGACGGAUGCGUUAACGUUGUUGGGUGAAAACCUCGCUACUCCAAAUAAGUUUUGAUUUGGCAAAAAUAUUGGUCAACUGAUUCACCGAUGAGGAACUUCUCUUCAACCUUUUGGAUCACAAAGAAAACAGCUCUAAGGACCUGCACGCUGGAGAACCAGUUUUAUCCACAUGGAAGCGCCUCUUUGGGAGACCUUAACCACUUUUUGUGUAGUGUUGUGGUAGUGUUACAGCGCCACAUACAGGCCUGGCAUAUAUACUCCAGCAUUUCUGGGUUUUUGUUGUUGCUGUAUCGCGGAGAUUUCUGUGUUUACGCGUCGAUGAGGCCAAAGAGAUCCGCGAGGUUUUUAACCCAACAACCGCGCACACGUCUGGUUUUUAGAUACGAGUCAUUUCCAACAUGAAGGCACGACGUUACACGUUUGUAAUAGUUUUUGAUUGUCAUGUGUAAUAAUCUUCGUAUAGGACAUAACAUACUGUUGUCCCGGUUGUCACUCUCAACAAAAGGGCGAGCGGUGACUCUGCUUUUUUUUUUUUUUUUUUGUAACCCGCUCCCACAAAGUGCACUUGUUUUUGCAGAUUUUUGUGUAAAUGUGUUAGAGCGUUUGGCAAACGUGUGCUGAUCCAGACCAGAUGUUGGAGGAGACAUGAGAAGAACGUGCAGCGAUGUUCUUAGAUUGUACCGACAAAUAUCUCAUGCAGACUGGAUUUUUGCCAGUAGGGGGAGGACAGCAAGGGGUACACAACUGCGGAAAUAAUAACGUUAAAAAUAACUCAAUCUUUUCAGUGUGAAAUUUGAAGGAAGUAAAAAAACAAUAUCUUAAAUUAGCAAAGAGCGCCUCCCCUCACAGGUCAAUCCAGUCCGAAUGGGUCUUCAGAAAGUUCAGACACGGCAUCUUGAGGCAAUAUCAUUUAGGAGAAACGUGAUGUUCUCAGGUCCCCGUGUAACCAUGGCAACUGCGCAGCGGUCACCUGACCUGGCGGUUGUUUUGGGUCACCUGAGUCAUCACUUCUCCAUUGAAAUGACGUCGAAUGAUUCUUAAACCCUGUGUCCAUGCUGCAUCACAACACUGACUUGUCAAGAAAAAGACAAUUGGUACGACUUAGUGGAACGACGAUGGACGGAGCUGUGUUUGGACAAAGGGCGAUAAUCUCUGACCGAUUCACAGCUGGAUGUUUUGUUGCAAGAUUGGAUUCGUACUUAAAAAAAUAAAUAGUGGGUAGAUUCACAAACACGGGGAUCUGGUCUUGAGCUCAAAGAAAUGAUGGGACGCUGAUUUGUCUGCGACUGAGGUCAAAAAUUCAAAUGAAGGGAGGCGAAGUUUACGCCUGUGGACUGAGACGUUUGUAGAGGCUUAGGAACCUCCUGGAGAACCUCCUGGAGAACCUCCUGGAGAACGCUCAAGGGUGACACCGAGCCGUCGAUAUUGUGGUUGAUGUUGUGGUUAAUGGUGUUUUCCUUUGUUGACCUGAACUAAUAAGGUUAUACUGUAUAUCUCCAUGGUUACAGAGUGCCAUUUCUACUUGACAACUGUUAUUACUUAGCGCUAGAUAGAGCUGUUCUCGCUCUGCGUGGGUGUGAGCUUUCGACCGGAAUGACUGGAGAAAUGUCUGGGAUGUGUUUCGUAGCUCAGGUUCCCAAAGGCUUCUGCAACCGUCCGAUCAGCCUCCCGAAGGAAACACGGUUUGUUUACAAGGAUUUUAUCCAGAAUAUCUCGCAAUUCCUGGAGUGUUGACGUCUGCGAGUGCUAACAACCAUAGAUUUAAGUAAUUAGUAGGAAUUAUCUUCAGAUUUUGGCUAAUGGCAGGAGGUAACUCUCUGUUCUAAAGAGGCAUCAUGGGAAAUGUAGUCAACCACUGACAUGAGUGGGGAUAAAAAGGUUGGUUAUUUCACCAGAACCUCCUGCGAUCUCAAAUUUGAAGCUACAAAGCUUAAGCUAGAGGAAAGUUCUGGCAUUUGUUUACCUCCAUGUAGUGUAAUGGACGACGUUCCCAGGGUUGAGGGUUUGAUUCCCACUGAAGAUCCAGACACACGGGACGUCAACACUCACCUGGCACUGUGACACAUUCAGGGACAGAAAUCUUUAAACGGUUUGGCGUGUGUGAGGCUGGUGUUAGGGCCGAGCGAAGUUUUUGAAAACCUGGUUUGUCUUUUUUAUUUUUUUUGUUGAGUUUUUCCUCGUCUAAUUUGGGUGAACAAAAAUAGUCCUCUCAGAGGUUCACGCUGACUGGAUUCAAGUACAGGGGCCGGAUUUGUCUUUAAGUUACUACUUUUAGUUUGAAAAGCUUGGAUGUGUCCUCAGGUCACUUUCAAAGUAAAAGUUCAAGACUUGUUUGGAAGUUUUUUAGCUUCUGUAAAAGCAUAAAAACUGCAAAAUUUCCAAUUAGCGUAAAACUUAGCCAAACCUGAAACUUGAAACCAGUAAAGGUUUUAGACUCCAAAAAUGUGUUUUUAUGGCCGAAUUUUUUCUCUUUCAUUGACAUUUAUAUCGGAAACAGCUCCCCCUGUGGUGAUUGAUGAAACUACUUUAGCCCCGCCCCCUGUCCCUCAUCUCUUCUCUUCUGUCCUUUUCUGCAUGAGGUUUCUGUCCGAGUUGUCGAAGGCAGCAGAGAAGAGAUCGGCGUUUAAAAACCCUGUCGUCAUAUAUUGAUGAUAAUAAUGCGAAUUAUUAGUAUUGUCUAAUUACUAGUAAGUGUGUGUGUGUGUGUGUUUGACCUAACUAAACCAGCCUGUUCUAACAGUGUGUGAAGAUAAACUGAAUAAAACUGUCAAAUCCA